AUAUGACUUCCGGUUUUGAGAGGGUGUGAAUCAUUUUGAUCAUGAGAAUGUGACAUCAACGAUUGAAAGAACCUCUGUUGAAAGGCGAAUUACGAAAUAUUCGCUUUCACGGAAUCAAUGCUAAACAGAAACAGCACAACACGUGCUUGACACCAACAGCCAGUCUAGCUGAAACGAUGGCCGAGACCAAAAGAAAGGCUGAUCUUAAGGUCAUCAUUUUAGGAGACUACAAUGUUGGGAAAACCUCUUUCAUCUGUCGCUACAUUGAUGGAACCUUCAAAACUAAGGAACCGACCAUCGGUGCAGCUUUUUUCCUGAAACAGUGGGGACCCUACAAUGUGGCUGUCUGGGACACUGCAGGUGAUGAGAGGUACACAGGCUUGUCCAAUUUUUACUGUCGGAAUGCAGGAGCAGCCAUAUUGGCUUUUGACAUGACCAGUGUCAGCUCCUUUGAGUCGCUAUGGGCAAGGUUUAUUCCUAUCCUGGACUCUGCAUUGGAAAACUGCAUCAAAGUUGUAGUUGGUAUGAAAAUGGAUUUAUUGGACAAUGGAAGGACAAGGGAGAUAACUGUGGAAGAAGCAAAAACAUUUUCAAGGGAGAUUAAUUCCAAUAUUGACCUCAGUAAAUUGCCCAAGGAUCCGUACUUUGAGACGUCCAGUCUCAAUGGAUCAAACGUAACUGAAGUGUUUGAGUUUAUAUUUAAUCAUUGUUUGCCUUUGACUGACGCUCAGAAAAAACAAGCUAGUGAUAUUGGAAUUGUGGAUCUUUCAAAACCUGUUGGUGGUGAUGGAAAAGAUAGAAAAAAGUGUUGUUAGUUCUCUAUAGAUGGAGAUCUGUUUCCUUCAUGGCAAAGAUAGUGGUUUGCACAGCUUAAUAUGGCUAUCUAAUUGUGCAGUUCCCUCAAUACUGAUCAAACAUGGGACUCAAACGGUUAACUGUGAAGGUUUGUAUUUCAGUAGGUUCAUAUUUACAACAUUGUUGAGAAAAAUAAUCACAAAAAGGAAUUGUUGAAAUUAGAAUUAAAAUGAAAAUAUUGUCCAAUUGAAUUAUUUCGUGAAAAUAUACAUCCUGUUUGCUCAAAACUUUUGUAAACUGAAAAAUUUGACCACAGAAAUAAACAACCUUUGUAGUCAGCUGGUUUUAAAAAUUGGGCUCAGUAGGGGCAACAUGGUUUUUUUUAAGUACAUGUAUUAGUUCCUUUAAAGUAAACUUGUACAGUAUACCAUAUCUUCCUUUUGGGGCUAAGCUGUAAUAACAUUAUAACAAAAACUAUAUGGAUUUAGUUUGGGAUAUUGUUGUGUUUCUUCAGUAAACAAAUAAAACUUUAAGUGAAUUUCUAAUCAAUCAUAA